GGCAUUCCAGGCAGUUCUGAGGAGGAGCUGAUCCCGUAUGGAUCAGCUGGCACGCCAUGGGAAGCGUCUGGAAGCACAGCCUCGAGUUUCUUAGAGUGCCGAGCAAUUAAUUUGGGCAAGCAGGGAGUUGUAUGUGCACGCUCAUUGCUAUGGACAGUGCUAUCACCCUGUGGCAGUUCCUCCUCCAGCUCCUCCAAGAGCCUCAGAACAAGAACAUCAUCUGUUGGACCUCCAACGACGGGGAGUUCAAGCUGCUGCAGGCAGAGGAGGUGGCCAGGCUGUGGGGGAUCCGCAAGAACAAGCCCAGCAUGAACUAUGAUAAACUCAGCCGAGCGCUCAGAUACUACUACGUGAAGAAUAUCAUUAAGAAAGUGAACGGGAAGAAGUUUGUGUACAAGUUUGUGUCGUACCCGGAGAUUUUAAACAUGGACCCGCUUGUCGUGGGCCGGAUAGAAGGGGACCCCGAACUGACCGGCUUUGGGGAGGUCAACAGCGCUCCAAAGGACGUGGAAAACUGCGGGAAGGAGAAGUCCCAGUCGUGCGCCAAGUCCUCGAGCCGCAACGACUACAUCCACUCAGGCCUGUACUCCUCCUUCACCCUCAACUCCCUCAACAGCUCCAGCGUCAAACUCUUCCGCUCCAUCAAGAUCGAGAACCCGGCGGAGAAGCUGACGGAGAAGAAGCCUCAGGAGCCGACCCCCUCCGUCAUCAAGUUUGUCACCAUGCCCUCCAAAAAGCCCCCCUCGGCCCCCCUGGUCUCCACCACCUCGGCGGUCUCCGCCGCCCCCGCGGCUUCCGCCGCUCCCGCCGCGUCCUCCUCCCUCCCCGUGGGAUCCGAGGAGACCCUGCAGACCCUGGAGACGCUCGUGCUGCCCAAGCUGACCGUCCCCGAAGCUCCAGCACCUUUGCCAAACUUAACCACCAGCUUCACCCCCACCCCGCCCAUGUCCUCGGUGUCUCCCACUCUGCAGGUCCCCUCCACGCCCCCGUCGCCGCCCCUGAGCUCCAACCCCGACCUGGACAUUGACACGGACAUCGAGUCCGUGGCCUCCCAGCAGCUGGAGCAGGCCCAGAGCCUUCAGCACCAAUCCCCAGAGCCCAAAGAGCAGCAGGAUUCAUCCGUGCUGGAGAAGGAAUUUGCCAAUCACCUCUCCAGAUCUAAGAAACCCAAAGGGCUGGAGUUGGCUCCCACUCUCGUCAUUACGGGCAGCGAUCCAAGUCCCCUGGGGAUUCUGAGUCCUUCUCUCCCAACUGCUUCUCUUACUCCAGCACUUUUCUCUCAGACUCCCAUCCUGCUGACUCCCAGCCCGUUGCUCUCCAGCAUCCACUUCUGGAGUACCCUGAGCCCGGUGGCUCCUCUCAGUCCUGCCAGGUUGCAAGGUGCUAAUACCCUCUUUCAGUUUCCAUCAGUGCUGAACAGUCACGGCCCAUUUACUCUGUCUGGACUGGAUGGACCCUCUACCCCUGGCCCGUUUUCCCCUGACCUCCAGAAGACAUAGCACAUGAACUCUUGGAAAGGACACAUUGGCAAGCAAGGGAAAGAUGGGACACUUCUGUUUAACCACGUUUUUUUUUUAAAAUGAGCAAUUUCUAGUUCCACACAGAGAUUCUCAACAAUCAUAGUUUUUCGCCAUUCCCAUUCCAAAGUAAAAUGCCUUUUUUUUUUCCCCACAAAAUUCCCUUUUUUUUUCCUGAAGAACCCAGGUUGGGAAUGUAUAUGCAAACGCCUUAAUAGGAGCUGCAGCUCCAGUUCUCUUCCCUCCUUGGUUUGGAAGAUUUCACACGGUUGAAAGGGACUUUUGGUUGGUGUUGCAGCAACUGAGUCUGCACUGACUGCAGUAAACAGUGUCAGGGAAGUCUUUUCUCUGUGACUUCUGGGGGAAA